UCAUUAUCAAAUAUCAUAGAUUAUCCUUUUUUUCAUAAUCUAAAUAAAAUAGGAAUCAAUCUUCCUCAAUUUUCAUCAAUCAUUAAUAUAUCUAUUAAAUUUAGUCAUGAUAUGUUCAAUUUCAGGUUCUACACCAGAAGAACCAGUAAUUUCAAUUAAAACUGGUAAUGUUUAUGAAAAAAGAUUGAUAGAGAAAUAUAUAGAUACUAAUGGUAAAGAGCCAACUACCGGUGAACCAUUAAGUCUACAAGAUUUAGUUGCUAUUAAAGUUGGUAAAACUGUUAAACCAAGACCAGCUACUGCUACCAGUAUCCCAAGUAUGUUACAAUUAUUUCAAAAUGAAUGGGAUGCUUUAAUGUUAGAAACCUACACAUUGAAACAACAACACGAAAGUAUUAGAUUAGAAUUAGCCCAUUCAAUGUACCAAUAUGAUGCUGCUUGCAGAGUAAUUGCUAGAUUAGUAAAAGAAAGAGAUGCUGCCAGAGCUGCUUUAGCUAAUGUACACAAUAUAAUACCACAAGCUAACCAACAAUCCGCUGCCUCGACUACUUCAUCUACCACAAAUCCUGCCGCUGAUAUAGAGAUGUCCAACGAGGAUUCAUUAGAUUCUAGUGUCCUCGAAAAGAUCACUGAGGCAGCAGCCGAGUUAAUUAAAGCCAGAAAAGAAAGAACCACUACCAAUUUCCCAUCUCAGGAAGAAAUUAAACAAUUUAAAUCUGUUGAAGCUCAAACCAAAGGUAUUAUUUCAAGUGUUGCUAUCAAUACCGAGAACGAUGAUGUCUUGGCUCUUGGUUCUAAAGAUUGUAACAUUUAUGUUUAUCACCGUUCAACUGGAGAAACUGUUGCAUCACUCAAAGGUCACAGUGGUCCAAUCAAUAAAGUUUUAUUCGCUCCACAUAACACCAUUGUCUCUUGUUCAGAAGAUGCCACCAUCAGAGUUGCUAAAGCUGGUGAAAACCCAAUUAGAAAGAAUUAUUCACAAUACAAGAAUGUAUCAUGCUUUUCUGACCACAAAGCUUCUGCUACCGAUAUUUCACUUCAUCCAGUUGGCAAUUAUGUUUUCUCAUCAUCACUCGAUAAAUCAAUCAACAUGUACGAUAUCGAACAGGGAAAAUUAUUAACAACAUUUGGCUCAUCUUUUGGUGUUGGGUACACUAGCGUUGCUUCACAUCCAGAUGGCAUGUUUAUUGCUUCAGGCACACAAAAUGGUAUUCUUAAAACUUUUGAUAUUAAAUCAAAAAUCAAUAAUUUCAACUUCCAAGGUUUCCAAGGUUCUAUCAAAUACAUUAGUUUCUCUGAAAAUGGUUAUUAUGUCAGUGUUGCCGAUGACCAUGUUGUCAAGCUUUAUGACCUUAGAAAAGCUGGUAAUACUCCAUCACCAGAUAUCCAAACCAUCAGCAUCGCUGAUCAAACCAUUAAAUCCAUUGAUUUUGAUUACUCCAGCCAAUAUCUUGGUAUUGCUACAAAUAGUCAUCUCAAUAUGUACAGUGUUAAAAACAAACAAAAACCACCAAUUCAAGAAAUCACCAAUUUCAAUUUGGACUGUUUAGAUUUUAAAUGGUCUAGACCCACUUCAAAUUUAUUUGUCACUUCAUCAAUUUCCAAAAAUUUAAUUAAUAUUUAUUCAUUAUAAAAUAAUAAUCAAUAUUAUAAUAAUCAUUUCAUUUUUUUUUUAUAAAAUAAUAAAUAAUAACCACCACAAUAAUAAUAAUAAUAAUAAUAAUAAUAAUAAUAAUAUUAAUAAUAAUAUAGAUAAUCAUGCAACAGUAGUAAUCAUAUAAUUUACCUUUAAAAUUGAUUAAUUAAUUAAUUUUUAAUUAAUUAAAUUUUAAUAUUAGCCACAAAAAAAAAAAAAAAAAAAAAAUUAUUGUUUAAAAUAUAAUAAUUUUAUUCAUAUCGUUAUAGUUAAAUUC